AUGCUGCAGUUCCAGCUCCUUGUGGUGCAUUUGGCCCUUGUGAUCACUCUGCUGCAGUGUCACUCCAGCUCAGUGAUCCUAACAAGGGCAGCUCCAGAGACUUUGGAGCCUUCUGCUGUGCUAGGUGUGGGAGUACAUGCCACUGCCAGUGGAGAGAAGACAGCCACCAACCUGGGAGCUAAACUGUUCCUUCUUGAUGAUCUGGUGUCCAUGGAGAAUGAGGUGAGCGAGACCAAGAAGAAAAGAAGUUUCCCAGGAUUUGGCUCCCCAAUUGACAGGAUUUCUUCAACCGCUGUGGAUGCUAAAGGCAAACAAAGGAAAGUGGUUGAGCUGCCCAAGAGACGGUUUGGAGUUCCUCUUGACCGGAUUGGAGUGAGUCGUCUCAGCAACACCAAGGGUACUUCUGUUCUGAAUGAUUGAUGCUGUAUUGGAAACACAGCAGAAAUAUGGAAGAUACAUCACCACGUGUCUUGUCAUUGACUAAUGAUUCAAUACUCAAGGAAUUGACCUCCUGCAAAAUCUGUUUCACGUUGUGUUUUACAAAUGUUGCAUUUACAAAUAAUAACAAAGUCAAUUCAUCAGGUCAGAAUGCUCUCACAGUUGUGCACAGUGCCACAGACAGGAGGGAACAGAAAAUAUGUAUAUAGUUUAAUUGCAUGGCAUUUAUUUCUUAAACUUAUGGAAGUUCAUUAUCCUAGCAAAGACUGUUAGAUUUUUACAGACUGAAAAUAAAA